CGUCUAUCGCUCAUCUUUCUCUCCCUGAGGUCUCCUCAGAUUUGACUUCCUAUAAAAAAGUUUUUAUUCAUGUCUUUAUCUCCUGACCUGAAUCGAGGGUCUGAGGACAAAGGCUGUCAUCCGCCUUAAAAACAAACGUUAAGCCCUCUGAGGAAAACUGUAAUGUGUGAUUUCAGGCAAUAAUAAAUAAUAGAAAUAAAAAAAAACCUUCUAUUUCCAUAUUUUAUGUUUAAAGCAAAUUAAUAAUUGAUGAUUCCAUUUAUCUGCCUACUAUAUUCAGUCUCUCAGGGUUUCGUCUCCUGCUUUAGUGUUCACAGUUUCCUGUCCGAACAGCUUUAAUCAAGCAACGUUCCACCUGAGAAUUAACAUAAGUCCCGCCCACAGUGCAGCAGCAGGAGCUCUGAUUGGCCAGCUGCUGUGUGUUGGCAGGACUGUGACUGAUGAGGCGGCACGCUGCUCACAUGUCUUCAGUUAAGCACUUUCAUGUGAAAUGUGUUCAAAUACGUCAUGAAAACACUCUUAGAAACUCUCUUCAGCUCCCUGAGUGCUGACAUGAAGUAUUUACAGCAGGGUUACACUAUACUGUACAGCUGUUUCUGUUAUUUUGUCCACGCCUGGUGCACUGAACCACUGUUGUGUCUGCUUUGAUUAUGAUUUGCAUGUUGACCUUUAUGUUCCUGUGUGUUAUUAGACUGCAGCACAAAGCUUGAGUGAGAGCAGCUCUACAGUUAGUUCAGCCUGAGCAGACAAGCAAAGAUGCAGUGGAGCCUGUUUCUGCUCCUUCUGAUGGGUCAGUGUUCCCUCUUCACAUGUCAACUCUAUAAAUACCACUUCAUUAAUAAGAACAAGAGCUGGUAUGAAGCCCAGGAGUACUGUAGACAGAAGUAUACAGACCUGGCCUCAGUGUAUAGACAGACAGACAUCAACACACUGCAAACUGCCAACAAACAAGACAAAGAAGCCUGGAUUGGACUGUACAAUGAAACUGUAACAAACAAAGCUGACUGGGAGUGGCGCUGGUCUCAGGCAGAGGUGAAGUACACUGAAAAUCAGACAAACUGGAAAAAUGGAGAACCCAAUAAUGCAGCAGGUAGUGAGUACUGUGUGGUCAUGAGCACUGACAUGAACAAAUGGGUGGAUAUCUCUUGUACGUCGCCACACCAUCGAUUUAUCUGCUAUGAUGCAAAUACUACAUCUGACAGAUUCUAUGUGAUUGAAACACAGAUGACCUGGCUACAGGCCCAAAAUUACUGCAGAGAGAAUUACAAAGACCUGGUCAGUGGAAAAACACAGCUGGAAGACCAACAACUAACCGGGAAGCUUCAGGAUAACACAGAUUAUUGGAUCGGCCUGUUCAGAGUCACCUGGAGGUGGUCUGAUGGGAGAAGUUCCUUUGUCAGACCCUGGAACCAAAUCUAUUCUGACAGUGAGCCAGACAACAAAUGUGCUACGCUGGAUAAAGAAGGCAGAUGGAGGACUGACAACUGUAACUCAACAAAACCUUUCUUCUGCUACAACGACAAAGUGAUCCUGGUCAAAGAGAACAAGACCUGGGAGGAGGCCAUCAAUCACUGCAGAGAGAAGUACAACGACCUGAUCUCCAUCACUGACGCUGAGCAGCAGAGCUGGGUCCAAGAGAUAGCCAAGAACGCCUCCAGUUCCCACGUCUGGCUGGGACUGCGCUUCACCUGCAUUCUGGAAGCCUGGUUCUGGGUCACCAACGAGAGGGUCGACUACAAGAACUGGGCCUCAAGCGUAAAGAUGGACGACUGCGACAUGUCUGGAGCCAUGGAGACAGGAGGAGAACACAAGUGGUACAAAGAGGACGAUAUGAGGGAGUUUAAUUUCCUCUGCUCUAAGUUUUGAAGCCUCCCUGUUUUCUGAUGGUGUAUUUCUCCUAAACAAGCUGACGUUGUGUGUGUUCUCUGGGUUUAUUCAGCGUGAGACAAAGUUAGAAUCUAAUGCUUGAAAAUCUGAAGUUAUGAUAUAAAAAUGCUUUGAUGUUUCUAAAAUGUGAGUGACUCUCUUGACUGCUGGAUGCCAAACAUGACAGCUGACAACAAACAGUGACUGUUUGUUUUUCCAUGAUGAUUAUUUUUCUCUCCAAGUGUGGAUAUUUUAGCAUCAUUAUAUCAUUUUUAUCAUUAGUAAAAUAUAUCAAAGUUGUGUUUUUACUUCCA